AUGACGGUUCAGGUCGUUCUCAACACACCGCUGGCGGAUGCCUUAAGCGCCGCCAUUCAGCCAAAACUCGUCGAGGCCGGCUGGGCAUCAGGCUCUGACGACGAUGCCGCGCUCGUCGAAUACAUCAUCCUCAUGCUCGUUAACGGUCGCACGCAGGAGCAGAUUGCCACCGAGCUCUCGGCCGAUCUCCUUGGCCUCGGCCCGGAAGACCCUGGUGCUAUGGAAUUUGCGGCAUGGUUAUUUCAACAAGCAGAACAGAUCAAUGCGCAACUGAACGGCUCCCAGGCGGCAGGCAACGAUGCCAUGUCUGGCAUGUCUCAAGGGAACGGCGACUUCGACACCGAUAUGGGUGCCAACGAUGGAAAUGAGUUGAAUGCUCCGACGGGCCCGCGUUCCAUGCGAAACGGUCCUAACCCGAGAGGAGGCGCUCGCGAGAAGCGCAUGCUUGGCCACAUGACCAAGGCUAUGGACAGGACAGGCGACUCAGUCCUUCACCGCGUUCGUGGCAACGACAGAAUCAACUCUCAUGCCCGCGGACCUCCUACAGGCCCCAGGGGCGGCAUGGGACGCGGCGGACGAUCGAUGAACAACCGUGGAGUCAAUAUCCAAGCCGGUCUGAACGCAAUGGCGGGCAUGAAUGGUCAGCAUGGAGGACCCCCUGGAAUGAACCCCAUGGCUGCCGCUUGGGGGAUGCCGCCGCAAGGACAACCUUCGCAAAUGGACCUCAUGGCGAUGAUGGAGCAACAAGCGCAAAUGAUGUCUCAACUCCAACAACAGCUCAUGAACCAAUCCGGUGGGCGAGGUGGACGCCGCGGAGGCAAGUCACUUUUCGACCGGACUCAGAAUUCUCGCGGUGGUUUCGGAAACCGUCAGCACCAGUCUAGAGACAAACAAGAUUCGGCAAUGGGAGAAGGCGGCGAAGGAGAUGAUGUCGAAAUGUCGCAAUCAAAGCGCGAACCGCCCAACCCGGACGAAACCGUCUGCAAGUACAACCUACACUGCACCAACCGCGAGUGCAAGUUUGCGCAUCAAUCUCCUGCGGCACCACCAGGCACAACAGUCGACAUUAACGAUGUUUGUACUUUCGGUGCCGCAUGCAAAAACCGCAAGUGUGUCGGUCGCCACCCCUCUCCGGCAGCGAGACUUGCCCAUCAGAGCGAGCAAGACUGCAAAUUCUUUCCCAAUUGCACGAAUCCGAGGUGCCCCUUCAAGCACCCUGAAAUGCCUUUGUGUCGCAACGGUGCUGGGUGCACGACUUCGGGUUGUAAAUUUACACAUGUUAAGGUCAAGUGCAGAUUCAACCCUUGCAAGAACCCUCACUGCAUGUAUACCCACGAGGAAGGCCAACAGGGGGUAUUCAAGGACAAGGUCUGGACCGCUGAGGGGGGCAACGAUCACGUUAGUGAGCGUCAGUUUGUGGACUCAAAUGCCCAGGCAGAAGUGAUUCUUCCAGAGUCGGAGAAUGCCGCGAACCAAGAGCAAAGCAAUGCUCAGGAAGUCAUCAGCUAG